CACGAGCGUUGCGCGUCAGCUUCAUACAAAAAAAAAACUUUUAAAAACGCAUCUCGAGACUCCUGUGUUCCGCUCUGUCCCGCUUCUCCUUCAAUCGAGAUGCUGUUGAACGCAACAACACCCUUCCUGUGUGAACGCACGCCCUCAUUCAUGUGCGUAUUGAAGCUGGCUGUCUAGUGCACUUGUCAGGCGGAUGUUGAGGAAGUGGUGAGGGAUAUUGAUUAAAGCGUGAGAAAAAGAUCAAUGCCGCGCUGCUAUGGACGCGAUCGGCGUGUCGAACGCGGAUCCGCUCGAUGACUAUGAACUGAUACAUCGUAUAGGAAGCGGGACUUACGGCGAUGUGUUUAAGGCACGUAGCAUUAAAACUUCAGUCAUUGCAGCUAUCAAAGUUGUCAAACUGGACCCUGGUGAAGAUAUUUCAAGCAUUCAACUUGAGAUAACCAUGAUGAAGGACUGCACUCACAAAAACAUUGUCGGCUAUUUCGGCAGCUACCUCAGAAAUAACAAGUUAUGGAUCUGCAUGGAGUUCUGUGGAGGAGGAUCACUGCAGGACAUUUACCACGUCACUGGCCCUUUGAAAGAAAGACAGAUAGCUUAUGUAUGCAGAGAGACACUUCAGGGCCUGCAUCAUCUCCAUCAGACGGGGAAAAUGCAUCGAGACAUAAAAGGUGCCAACAUUCUAUUAACAGAGAGAGGAGAUGUCAAACUAGCGGAUUUUGGAGUGGCGGCUGAGAUCAACGCAUCUGUUGCUAAGAGAAAGUCAUUCAUUGGGACUCCGUACUGGAUGGCUCCUGAGGUGGCGGCAGUGGAAAGAAAAGGGGGCUAUAACCAGCUGUGUGAUAUCUGGGCAGUUGGCAUCACAGCCAUCGAACUGGCAGAGCUGCAGCCACCAAUGUUUGAUCUCCAUCCUAUGAGAGCUUUGAUGCUGAUGACCAAGAGCAGCUUUCAGCCUCCCAAACUUAAGGAAAAAAACAAGUGGUCCACAGAAUUCCACAAUUUCAUCAAAAUGGCGCUAACAAAAAAUCCUCGGAAAAGGCCAACAGCAGAGAAACUGUUACAGCAUGCUUAUGUAACACAGCUUCUCACCCGCAACCUGGCUAUAGAGCUGCUGGACACAGUCAAUAAUCCUGAGCUGCAGCAGACACUCACUAUGGAUGAGAGCGACCUGGAGACAUGUAGUGUUUUGCCUGAUAAGAUUCAUUCUCUAGUGAAACAUCCGGCCCAGAGAACUCUGUCUGAAGAGCAAUUUGAUCAUGUGAAGUUCGGACCACCCAUGAGAAAGCAAACAGAUCCCUGUCCUGAUCUGGGGGCGUAUGAUGACUGGAGCUCCAUUGGCGGGGACAAGGACUCUCCGAGUCUGCUGGAAUGUGUAGAAGAAGCUUUGAUGGAAAGGAGUUUGACCAUAAAGAGAGGAUCAUCGAAUGAGCACUUACUGGAUGAGGAGGAUAAACAUGGCACUGUGAAGAGGGUGGUCUCACAGUCAACAACCCACAGUCCCUCGAAUCAAGAGAGAAAAGCUUCCACACCCUUUUCCAACUCCUCGCCUCUCAUUGGCUCCACCCCUUUAAAAGACUCCACCCCGGACACUAAUCCCGCCCUGCUCAGCGAAUCAGCUUUGCUGAUUGGUUCGACACUUUCCGACACGUCCCUUCUCACAAACUCUUCGAUUUUAGCAGACUCCUCCUUUCUCAGUCAUUCCACCAGUCUGGGGUCUCUCUGUUCAACGUCAGCUGAAGAUCCCGGAGGAAACCGAAAUCAUUUCCCCCCGCUUGAAUGUCCCGUCUCACCAGAAUGGAGCACCCUCAGGAGGAAAACAGAAGACUCGAAAUCUGUUGUGCAUGGACUUCCACCUACACCACAAGUUCAUAUGGGCGCCUGCUUUUCCAAAGUAUUCAACGGCUGUCCUUUAAAGACUCAGUGUGCUGUUACAUGGGUUCUCCCAAAGACCAGAGAUCAAUACCUUAUGCUGGGUGCUGAGGAGGGUAUAUACACACUUAACCUUAAUGAACUUCAUGAGGACACCAUGGAGAAGUUGCUUCCUCAAAGAUGCAGUUGGUUGUAUGUGAUGAACAAUGUCCUUAUGAGCAUCUCAGGAAAGUCAUCGCAGUUGACAUCUCACAGUCUGCCGACACUUUUCGAGUAUCGCAGAAACAUGCAGCGUCGACAGGGCCAUCUCGCGAUUAACGCCCAUCGCUUGAGCACGAGAAUCAACUCGAGGAAGUAUGCCAUGUCAGUAAAGAUCCCAGACACCAAAGGCUGCAGAAGAUGCAGUGUGGUGCGCAACCCGUACACCGACAGUGUGUUCCUGUGUGCUGCUGUACCCACCGGCCUGGUUCUUCUCAUGUGGUAUGAGCCUCUGCAGAAGUUCAUGCAACUCAAGCACAUUCCUCUUAGUUUGCCUGAGUCUCUGCCCGUCUUUGAGCUGCUUGUACAUGAAACUGAAGAACUACCAGAGGUCUGUGUGGGGGUGAGGAGGACACCUGGCCAAAGAGACACCAAUGGACAGAUGCACUUUGACAUCAUCCACCUAGAUGACACGCCAUACAAUCUGCCAGAUGGAGAGUCUUUGGAUGUCAAGCAAGUAAUACAACUGGACAGGGACACUGUUCUCAUCGCACUGGAGAACACAGUCAAGGUUGUGAAUCUGCAGGGAUGUCCGAGCGAUCAAAAAACCUCUGAACUGACUUUUGAUUUUUCGAUUCAGACUCUCGUUUGUCUACAGGACAGCGUUCUUGCGUUCUGGAAACAUGGCCUGAAAGGACGGAGUCUGCAGACAAAUGAGGUUACCCAAGAGAUCACAGACAGAAGUCGAGCUUUUCAGAUUUUGGGAACAACCAGGGAUAUAAUAUUGCAAAGUACCCCAACGGAUGACCCAUCUGCCAUGAGCAAUCUGUACAUCCUCACCGGCCAUGAAAGCAGCUACUGAUGUGACUGAGACUCUGGGAAUGAUCAUCCAUAGCUGGAAACACUACAAAGGGGUCAAUAUUCCUCUAUUGAUCACUAAAAGGGGAAAGCCACCAGGCCCGAUAAGCUCUGACACAGAUGAAGAUGAUGGACUGGUGAACACACGGUGACCUGGAGACAUAUUGAGACAGAUGUUGGAGCUCAUUUGGUGGAAAGAUCAGCUGUGUGCUGUGAAAGUGGCCUACGAUUUGAGACACUAUGUUCACUUAUGGAGAAAGUGAAGCUGUUCUCUUCCUUAUUUUGGGAAAUCUUGAGUUAAUUAUUGACAUGGUACUGUGAAUUGGUUUGUACUGGCCAGUAAAUGUUGACAGAGUUGAUAAUAAAUCUAAAAAGAGAAGUGAUGAGAAUGUAAAGAGUUUGGAUGUGGUUCUCACAAGAACACAAAAUGAAAGUUAAUAUAAAUAAAUUAAAUAAAUGGAAA